AGAUCUAGAAGCCUAUCCUUUGCAUACGUUGGUUUUUUACCUGGUUUGUAUUUUGUAGGUGUUUUUGGGGUUUCGGUCAUGGUCUUGGUUUUGGAGCUGGAAUGGCAUUUUCCGUAAUUAGUUAAACUUGGAGGGGUGUUUUAUCUGAUCAGCAAUUCACUACCAAAACAAACAGCGUCUCCCAUUUUAGUUAUAAAAGCGAGUACACGGCGAUGACACUUUCGGCCGCCGGAACCACCUAAGAUUCGUCUUCCAAGAAAAGGAUCAUUAAAAUUUUCUGUAAAGGAAUUCUACGAAUCUUCUGUUCCGGUUUUGGCCCCUCCAAAAUCUCUUCAAUUUCCAAGGCACCCCUCGGUUUGAGCAAUUCUCGCUGCCAAGGCUGUGGAUGUGUAGCGGUUUUUCGCAGCUGGAGCUCCGUUCUUAAUUCUGAUUUCAUUUUGGAGAGACGAGUCUGAGAGAAAAAUGCUGUGUAGGAUGGUGUUGGUGCCCAGGAAGAAGAAGAUUGGGAAAGUGCCGGUUUAUCUGAAUGUGUACGAUCUUACUCCGAUCAAUGGCUACGCCUAUUGGCUCGGCCUUGGGGUCUACCAUUCCGGUGUACAAGUACAUGGUGUUGAAUAUGCUUUUGGAGCGCAUGACCAUGCAACGACUGGAAUUUUUGAAGUGGAACCAAAACAAUGUCCUGGCUUCGUAUUCAGAAAAUCAAUUUUGAUCGGAAGAACAGAUUUAGGCCCCAAGGAGGUCCGUGCAUUUAUGGAGAAACUAGCAGAAGAGUACUCUGGAAACACAUACCAUCUGAUCACCAAGAACUGCAACCACUUCUGUAAUGAUGUGUGUACCAGAUUGACGGGGAAGCCUAUUCCUCGCUGGGUCAACCGUCUUGCUCGACUUGGUUUUUUCUGCAAUUGUGUUCUUCCAGCUGGUUUGAAUGAAACUAAAGUUCGGCAAGUAAAAUCAGAUGGGGUUUACAGUGGGGAUAAGAAGAAAUUGAGAAGCCUUUCAACUAAUUGUGCAUCCUCAAAUCCUCGGCCCUCUUCUUUACAACCCUCCAGUGGGGGGUCUGCAGGCAGAAGUAGCAGACAAAGACACUGUGUUCCUCCAUCUUCCUCUUUGAUCCAUUCUUCAUCAACCUCAGCCUUGACUGUAAAGGUGUGACCUAUUUGAUUGAGACUUUCUAGGGUUUUAGAGUUCAAUAUGAACGACAGACGGGGAAAUUGCAAAUUUUGAUUUUGCCCCGUUGUGUAAUCUGUUUUUAUUAUUAUGUAAAACAGCUGCGUGAAAUUUGUUUCAGUGUUCCUGUUUGUGUAUAA